AACUCCUCUGCUCUGCUCUCUGUGAGGCUGUCAGGGAGGGAGAGUGUGUCUUGCAUGUCUCCAGUGGGAACUUUUUUCUCUUUUUUUCAUACUUACACCACUCUUUCAAAGUGUUAGGCUGUUUAGUGAGAGAGGAGAGAGAGAGAGAAAGAGAGAGAGACCCCCAUGUUGCUGUGAUUUGACUAAACAAACAGCCAUUCUCAGAGCGGUACCUCCUCCCAACAGACUCCUGGGACAGCAGAGAGAAACCUCAGAACAUCUGAGAGAACCGGACAUUUGAAGCAGCGGACCCUGGAGGGACUACAGCUGGCGAACUCUUCUCUCAGGCUUUUUUUUUUUCCUUUUUUUGGGAGGGGGGUCAGAGAGGGAAGACUCAACCGUGUCUGCAGGAGCGCUCUGAAGAAUAGUGGGGUCACGAGGCAGCCACAAUGAGGAGGCUGAUAGCAUCUGUGCUCCACCUGAUGGUCGCUUUAACGGCUUUGGUGCAUUUCUGCCCAGAAGUGCGCAGCCUGGAGAUCACCCCUGAUGACAAAGAGUUUGUCCUGGCUCAAGGCUCGUCUCUCACCCUAAUCUGCUCCGGCUCCAGCCACGCAAAGUGGGCGCUUAAGAGGGACGAUUCAACUUACUACCUGAACCAGCUAGAUGAGAAUAUGAAAUCAAGAUACAAAAUCUUUGAACUUGAUACUACGUCGGUUGCUGUGAACCUAACAAGUGUGAGUUGGGUGCAUACUGGCGUGUAUCAGUGCGUCGAUGAUAUUUCUGACGAGAUAAAGGAAGUGGCAGUGUUUGUCCCAGAUCCUGAAGUUUGGUUUGUAAAGAGCACCCACGGCAUGGUGACGAAGACCAGUGAAGAAAGCAUCGUCCCCUGUGUGGCCACCAACCCAAACAUCACUGUCAUCCUGUAUGAGUGGGACACCAACAGGCCCAUCAAAGGGCAUUAUGUACCGAGUGAGGGGUACAGGGCGCAGCUGGAGGACAGAGCAUAUGUGUGCCGUGGAGAGCUGAAUGGGGAGGUCAAAGAGUCUCAGGAGUUUAACGUCAUCAGCAUUAUAGUGGCCGAAGACAUCAACCCUUACAUCAACAGUUCAAAGACGGUCCUGAAGCAGGGCGAGCCGCUGACUAUAAACUGCACGGUGCACGGAGUGGAGCUGGUGUAUUUUUCUUGGGAUAUUCCACACACUGCGGUUGUUGAGGUUGAACCACAAACGUAUUUCUCCCCGAAGAUGCACUCCUGCCUGACCUUCCCUCGCACUACGGUGGAGAACAGCGGAAACUACGUGUGCCACGUCCAAGAAAUGGUAGCGGGCGUCACAGCUACUUCAAGCGUCAACAUCACCGUGCUUGAACACGGUUUUGUGGAGGUGAAACCUGCUCAGUGGCAAAACAUUUCAGCCAAGCUUCAGGAGAACGUGGAGCUGAGAGUGGACAUUGAGGCCUACCCUCCCCCUCAGGUUCGCUGGACCAAAGACGGGACCACCAUCAGGGGAGACAAAGCUAUCACAGUCAGACAGGAUCAUGAAAUAAGGUAUGUGACCGUUCUCACACUGGUGAGGGUGAGGACUGAGCAUAAUGGCGUCUACACGGUCAUCAUUUCCAAUGGAGACGACAAAAAGGAAAUUAUCUUUGACCUGGAAGUCCAAGUUCCUGCUCAGAUUAAAGACCUGACCGACCACCAUUUCCCAGGGAUGAGAGACGUGGUGACCUGCGUCGCUGAAGGGUUUCCAGCUCCGAUCAUACAAUGGUACAGCUGUGACGGCAUGCUCAAGUGUAGCAACAGGACAGCAGCAUGGCAGCCGCUGAAGCCACAACCGGAGGUGGUGAGCAUCCAAACCAAUGUCAGCUACGACCAGGCGCGUAAAGUCAGCAUGGUGAGGAGCCAGGUGAUCUUCCAUAAUCCUCAGCAGGUCACAGUUCGCUGCGAGGCCUCCAACCAGCCCGGGGACGUCAGCACGAGGGACGUCAAACUUGUGUCCAGCACGUGGUUCUCCAAGGUGGCAGUGCUGGCUGCUGUUCUGGCCUUAGUGGUCAUUUUUAUUUUGUCGAUAAUCAUCCUCAUCGCUGUAUGGAGGAAGAAACCUCGCUAUGAAAUCAGAUGGAAGGUGAUAGAGUCUGUGAGCCAGGAUGGACAUGAGUACAUUUAUGUGGACCCCAUCCAUCUGCCCUAUGACCUGGCCUGGGAGAUGCCCAGAGAAAACCUGGUGCUGGGUCGCACGCUUGGAUCAGGAGCAUUUGGCAGGGUGGUCGAGGCAACUGCGUACGGUCUCACGCAUUCCCACUCCAGCACAAAGGUGGCAGUGAAAAUGCUGAAAUCCACAGCCAGGAGGAGUGAGACUCAGGCCCUGAUGUCCGAGCUGAAGAUCAUGAGUCACCUGGGACCUCACCUCAACAUUGUUAACCUGCUCGGAGCCUGCACCAAACAUGGCCCUCUCUACCUGGUUACUGAGUACUGUCGCUAUGGUGACCUAGUGGACUACCUGCAUAGGAACAAGCACACCUUCCUGCAGUACUACGCUGAGAAGAACCAGGACAGCGGAUGCAUCAUCUCCAGAGGAAGUACCCCUCUCAGCCAGAGAAAAGGCUAUGUGUCCUUCGGAAGUGAGAGCGACGGAGGAUACAUGGACAUGAGCAAAGAUGAGCCCUCCUUCUACGUGCCUAUGCAGGAGCAGCUGGACACAAUUAAAUAUGCAGACAUCCAGCCGUCCCCGUAUGAAUCCCCCUACCAGCAGGACCUCUACCAGGAACAAGGUGGGGGCAGACUGGAUCUGGUGAUCGGCGAUUCUCCCACCCUCACCUACGACGAUCUCCUAGGCUUCAGUUACCAGGUUGCAAAGGGAAUGGACUUCCUGGCCUCAAAGAAUUGUGUCCAUCGUGACCUGGCAGCCAGGAACGUAUUGAUCUGUGAGGGCAAGCUGGUGAAGAUCUGUGACUUUGGCCUGGCCAGAGACAUCAUGCAUGAUUCCAACUACAUCUCCAAAGGCAGCACAUUCCUGCCCCUGAAGUGGAUGGCACCGGAAAGCAUUUUCCACAAUUUGUACACCACCCUGAGCGACGUUUGGUCAUAUGGCAUUCUUCUUUGGGAAAUUUUCACUCUGGGAGGAACUCCUUAUCCUGAUUUGCCCAUGAAUGAAAUCUUCUACAGUGCUUUGAAGAGAGGCUACAGGAUGGCCAAGCCUGCUCACGCCUCUGACGAAGUGUAUGAGAUCAUGAAGAAGUGCUGGGAUGAGAAAUUUGAGAAGAGGCCCGAGUUUUCCCUCCUGGUGCACAAUGUGGGAAACAUGCUGAUGGACAGCUAUAAAAAGAGAUACAACCAAGUGAAUGAAAACUUCCUCAAGAGCGAUCACCCUGCCGUGGCUCGCACCAAACCUCGGCUCUCCUCUCCAUUUCCAAUUGCCAACCCAGCCUUCGGCUCUCCCUCUCCAAUCACUCAGUCCUUCCCGGGCCGCCACAGCCAAAGCCCGAGGCCUGGAGACGGCGGGCGAGAGGCAGACACACAGGAAGUCAUCCCUUCAUACAACGAGUACAUCAUUCCUCUCCCAGACCUAAAGCCUGACGACGUUUUCACUGAAGUGCCGUCGGAAAGCCCUGCGAGCUCUCUGGCUGUGGAGGAGGAGGCUGACUCCACAUCUCAGGACACGGCGGAAACUCUUCCGGAGGAAGACCGGGUGGAGAACACGAGUGAGAGGGACGCACUGCUGGGCUCCAUGGGGACGCCUGAGGUAGAAGACAGUUUCCUGUAGCCCUGUGUGGGAAGGCCGAGGAAACCGAACCCCUUUCUGUAGACUCAGAAGAAACCCGACUAAAACUGAAAUGUAGCAAAAACUGAGACUGAGAAACAUUCUCUGUAGUUUCACUGAGCUCUCAAAAACUGCUUCCUCCUUUGAGAGUUUUUGUUUUCUAUCUAAAGUUACAAAUAAUGAAAAUGGUACAAUGUUUCUCACUCUUCUGGGAGCUUGCCAGGAGAAGAAUAAGGUCACAUUCCUACACAAUCAGUUUAACCAAAGUAGUGUUGAUGUUUACUGUAGUUGCCAGUUCUGUCAGACACUUAUAAAGCCUUAGGCGGUUCAGAUUGUGCUUUAUUAUUGUAGUAACACUAACUGUUUGUCUUUUUGACUGUCUUAUCUGAGAGUAUGUGACUUUUUUUUCUUUUUUUUUUUGGGAAGCGGGUUAUAUAUAUAUAUUUUUUUAGCUUUCACAGAGAAAAGUAAUGAGGACCAAUCUAAAACAGAACAUUGUCUCACAACAGUGAUUAACACUAAUUUGAAAACAUGAUAUAGACACUUUAUUAUUAAUUUACACUUCUAUUUUUAUCUUUUUCUUGCAUUGUACUAUUAGCAACCUUAUUCGUGGUAGUAUGUUUAUAAAGUUUCAUUUCAAGAAUCAGAAAUGCAGAGACGUUGGUGCACUGUUUGAAAAUGAUAUGUUUCUAUUAUUCCUUUUAGUGGUAUUCAGUGUAUUUUUGUGCCUGAGUCUUUAUUAACAUCUGAUGUUUUGUUUUUCAUUGUUGUAGGCUUAUGUCAUAGUUUUUUUUUAUCGGGUUGCACUUUACUUAGAGAAAAUGAGGAUAUUUGCAUUAAAGUUAUGUUACUGAGUGAAUGUUAGAAAGCUACAACAUAGAGCCACAUUAGACUGGGACUAAUAGAUUGAUUCGAAUCAAAUCUAAUAUCUGUGAAAGCAGGGGAAACUCUCAAACAGCAUAUCACUGCCUUAGCACAAGAUGGCACACAUGAGUGCCUUUUUAUUGACAGACUUUUUUUUCCCCCACAGCUGUUACAUAAAGGUUGCUUUAAUGUACAGUACAGACCAAAAGUUUGGACACACCUUCUCAUUGAAUUCAAUGAGAAGGUGUGUCCAAACUUUUGGUCUGUACUGUACAUUAUAUAAAUUGCUGUUAAAAUGUCAAACUGAUAAAUCCUUUAAGUACAUUUUCCACCUUUAAUGUGAGAAAUACUCCGAAUCGAUUUUAACCAAAAAAACAAGCAAAUCCAUUAAUUGAAACAGAUAAAAAGAUUAAAAUAAAAGUUUUAAUAACCUGGUUGCGCACAUUUGUGCAUACUUGGAAAAUAAACUUCAGCACUCAGUCUCCAUAGAUUUAUUAUAGCUUUUAGCUACUUUCAGUGUUCGUCAAAGAAGCAACAAAUUGAGUAUCACCAUAAGAGCACCAUGCCCACUGUGAAACAUGGCGGUGGCAGCAUUAUGUGCUGGGGUUACAACUAAUCUUAUCUUAACUGACUUAUUUUUAAGUUAGGUAAAAUAUUGAACAGUACUACGCACCAAUAAUUCAAGAUAAAUUUCGAAUUUAAUUGUUUUUAGCAAAUGUCAGAAUCUCAAUAAGACUUGCUGGGCCAGAAGAAAUUAAAUAUCUGGAAUGAUCUAUCGAGAGUUCAGAACUGAAUUUAAGAGAUUUUAGUUUGAAAGAGGGGAAAUAUUAAAUUCGCAGUUUGUGAUAAUGGCAACAAAAGACUGUGUUGGAAUUAAAUUAAAAGAUGCUUGACCAAGUUGAUGCUUAAUAGUGUGUACAUCAAUGCAACCAGGUUAUCACUGCUCUUUAUUUUUUUAUAUUUUCCUUCAAUUUUAAUUUGUUGGGAUUUUUGGGUGAAAUUAAGGAGAACUUGUCACAUUAAAGGUGAGAAAAAUGUAUUUAUCAUGGUCACUUUAUUGUGUCGUAAAAGCAUCACAUUUAGACUUUAUGGGUAGACUUUAUUUUAUCCACUGUACCAUGAAAGCCUAAUGUGCACACAUAAACAUAAUACUUUCUGUUGCUUUGGAUGACUUUUGCUACAUAGUGUAUUUUAUCUCAGUACUUAGCAUAUCCAUUUAAAGAACACAUCUUUAUUUCUUGACAGUUUAAAAGCACACAAUCACUAUGUCACAAGCUAUGGUACCAAAGCUCUUGUUAACUUUUACAAAUGUAUUUUUAUAUGUUUUUUUUUUUUUUGUAUGCUGUAAAUGUGUCAAUAAAUCAAUGAUAUCACUAUA